CUUCUCCUCCUAUCCCUCUUCUGCGCCGUUCUUUCGUCCCGUUGGCUCCCCUCGCCCGGCUUCCAGCCUCGCGUUCACCUUCAACAUCCCCUCCAAGGCUAGAUGGCGCCUCCCGCCGGUCACCGUGGAAAAGCAGGGAUGGCCGGGUCUUCAUACUGAGGGUGGAGGAGCAGGGGGAGGGCCAAGGGGCCAGCGGUGUGGGACCGAGCAGCGAAGCCGGCGAACCAAGUGGUGGACCCCCCACGGGGUGGAGGAGAGGCCGGGGAUUGUGGCAAGGAGCAGCAGUGUCAUGGAUCAUGGAUCUGCAGGGAAGGGGAUGUCUCGACGGCUGAGGAUGGUGCUUACGGGACGGGAGGAGCUCAGAGUGGCACUCCCAUUGAGGGAUGGAUGGUGCCAAGGUGGAUAUAAAAGGGAACAGCAAGAGGAUUUUCAUUUUUUUAGCUACAGAUUAGCGUGCCAGGCAGUUAGAGCAACUCCAAAGGGCCGACCCAUUUCGUCUGCUGCCGUCCGUUUGGGUCGGCGCGGACAAAAGUGGCGGUCCAAAGCGCCGACCCAAACCCAAAUCACGUCCGUGCCGACGCAUUUGCGGCCCAAAUUUGCACCCCAAAUGCGUCGGCACGGACGCCACGCGCGCCUUCUCGCUGUCCGCUGCGUCCCCACCUGGCGGCUGUCCAACUACCUGCUGCCCAUGCGGUCAGCUUAAUUUAUGACCAUGGGCCCACGCGUCAGCGACGACGCUCGUCCUUUUUUAAGCCGACCGUGCGGCGGGGCCGUCCUCAUCCAAACUCGCCGUCCAAAUCUAGCAAGCUUUGCUCCCCCGUCACCGGCAAGCCCUAGCCACCAGAACCACAGCGAGAUGGGGCUCUUCUCCGGCGCCGGCAGCAGCAAGGCCAAGGGCAAGACCCCCGCCACCCCUUUCCCCUUAGAGUUCCUCCCGCCUCCGUCGGCGCCUCGUCGGCAGAGGCAGCGCGUGAACGUGCCAGUGCACCAGGCGGAGUGGCACUGGCGGCACCGCCAGCCUCUGCCGUACCCGGACGUGACCCUGUCGCACGACUGACAUCUGGAUCCAGAUAGGAUCCCAGUGCCGGCGGCGCCGCGGACGGCUAGGGCUCACGCGGAGGAGGUGCGGCGUCGGUGGGCGCUGCUGACGCCGGAGCAGCGCCGCGAGCCCGCCUACUGGGCGAGGUGGUUCGCCUUUGAGCACGAGGAGGCGAGGCGACGGGACGUGCGCGAGGUCGACCGGAGCGAGCCGCCGAUGCCGCUCAUCGUCCGCGAGGAGGACCAGGCGGCCGAGGACGCCUACCAGGCGGCCCUUGCGGCCGUCUACCGGGAGAGCGAGGAGGACGAGCAGCGCAGGGCGGAGGUGGCGGAGGAAGAGGAGGCUCGCUACGAGGCGGCAAUGGCGCAUGCACUUGCCCUCUCCGCGGCGGGCGACUGCGUGGUGCUGCCGGUGGCCCCGCCGUCCCCUCCCCGAUGCCUCAUCAAGCCGGAGAAGCAGCCGGAACCCGAGCCGAAGCCGUCCCCCAUCGAGCGCUACUCCUGGACGGGAGUAGUGCGCGAGUGGGUACGCGCGCCGCCGGUCUGGAUGGGGGCGACGCCGGUGCAGGAGGCGGCGUACCUCGAGCACUGGCGCCAGAUUCGGGUGGCCAAGAAGCGCUGCGACGUCGAGUACCUCGAGAUGCUCGAGCGCGACCUCGAGGAGGAGCAGCGUGAGGCCGAGGAGGAGGCGCACCAGGCCGCGGCCGCACAGGCCCCCGCGCCGGCACAGCCUGCGCCCGACAUGGCUGCGCUCUGGAACACAUCGUUCUCCUAGGCCGGGCCGGCGCCGACGCCGACGCUCAUCGACCUCACGGACCCCGAGGCCGCCGCCGCCGCCGCCUAGGGCAGCGUGCUGCCUCGUAGUUUAGGUUUUUUUAAAUGCAAAUGUGGACGCGUGGACUCUCGCCGGCCUUCGUGGCCGGCUUUAUGUUUAAUUAAUGUUGUUUUUCUUUUUAAAUAUGCAUGCGUUAUUUUUUUAGCGCCAUCAAAAUGGGUCGGCUAGCGUUGGGCGCACGCGCCGACCCAAAAGCGAAAGCGGACAUCCGUGUCCGACCGACCCAAACGGACAAAAGCGCCGUUCAUUUGGGUCGGCCCGUUGGAGUUGCUCUUAUAAGAAUAAGAAUAUGGAAAACGAUCUAAAAC